GCCUCAUAAAGCAGCAAUAACUGGAGCUGAAGGUUGUGGACCAGAAAAACAAACACUUCUAUAAACCACUAUGAGAUCAGAUUGGAUCUUCUGCUAAAGAAGAGGAAUUGGUUUUACAGGCAUGGAGGAAGGAACCGCCGUCCCUGCAGAACAUCUGCUCCAAACUCAGCUCCAAAUUCCAGAGCUGCAGCUCUGAGUUCGUGUCUCCAACAAUCUGCAGUGACGGGCGAAUUAAAGUGAUGGACUGAAAGGAGAGAGGAAAUGUGUUUUUCCUUGAAGCGGGAAAUGAAAUAUCUGGAGGGGAACUUGUGAGGUGCAGAGCUGAGGGAUUUGCUGAGCCAGCAGAGCGGACUCCACCCUGUCCCGACUCUCCGGUUUCCUCCAGAGUUCGUUUGUGUUUGAGAGGAUCUGGACGGAGGACUGGGCGUCUCGGUGUGUGGUGCUUCCCCCAGGAACUGCUGGCAGAUGGAGCAGACUGCGGCUUUCAGACGGUCCAACUGAAGGUUUGAGGAACAGUCUGACCAUCGUGUGGUUCUCCGGCAUGGACCGUCACUCUCUGCCCCGACAGCUGGGACACAUCCAGCCCCUCCGUGACCCCCAGCAGGACGGAUCUCACCAAGAAAACGCUUCAGUGGAUAUAUUUAUAACCAGCAGCCUGGAGGUCACGCAGAGGUGGUGGAGGAGCGCUAAUGAACAGUAAAUAUACAACAGAAGAAGAAUCUCCUCCAUACUGGUACCUGUGUGACCGGUGUGGACAUCACCUGCUGAACACACGUUCAUACAUGUAAGAGAGGAGCAUCAGGUCAGGAGCAGCAGUUCAUGGAAGACAAGAAAAGGAAAAAAGACGACAAAAGGAAAAGGGAAGCCUCUCAGAAGGUUACAGAACAAAAAAACAAAGUGCCAGACUUGACAAAGCCAGCUACUGCCCAAUCUCCUGCCUCUCAGAGCAGCUCUGCCUCCCCCAGCCCUGGGCCACACCCCUCCGCUUCUCCAUCUCCAGCGACCCUAGGCCCUGGCAGUGCUGCCACCCCAUCACAGGGCGGCAACAAUGCCAAGCGCCUGGCGGUGGCCAACGGACAGCCCUCCACCUCCAGUUCUUCCUCCACCUCCGGCAGCCCCGGCGCCGCCGGGAACGGCAGUGCAGGUAGCGGAGGCGGAAACCAGGCGCCUCAGCAGCCGCAGCGCUACAUGCCGAGAGAAGUGCCGCCCCGAUUCCGCUGCCAGCAGGACCACAAAGUGCUACUGAAGAGGGGCCAGCCGCCGCUGUCCUCCAUGCUGCUGGGAGGAGGAGAUAAUGCGAGUUCAAACAUGGCUGCUGCUUCAGAUUCCGGUUUGGCUGCUUCCUCUAUGACCCUCACCUCAUCAUCAGUUGCUGCUUCUACAACAAGUUCUAAUUAUGCAAAUUCCAUGUGGGGGGCAAGCUCAGGCAGUCAGGCCUCCUCUCAGGGCAGGGAGAAGGUCAUUGUCGAUGGCAAUGACGAAGAGGAGUGGCCUAGUAUUGGUGGCGGCGACGGAGGAAACGGCGGCGGUGGAAUGCCCGUGAACAGCACCAGUGCCUCUGGCAGCCGGUCCUCCCCCACCUCCUCGUUCUCUUUGCCCAAUGAAUGUAUGCACUCGUCCAGUGGAGUGGCGUGGGGGACGACUGGAGGAGGUUCUGCCGUAGCUGCAGCUGGGCCUCUGCUACAGCAGGCCUCCUCACUUUCCAAAGCCCCCGCUGUGCUAGGGGGCCACGACGCCAGUGGCCCCGCCGACGGCAACAGUGGGAUUCCAGGUGCCAACUUCAGUCCAAAUGCCAACCCUUCGGCCUGGCCUGCCUUGGUGCAGCAGGACGGCCCCGCUGCUGCUGGGGAGGGAGGUCUGACCUCCUUCCAUCAUCAGGGCUCCGGAGGGUCUGCCAACAACUCCGCCUCCUUGGGGCUGGGAGGCGGAGCGGUUGGGGUGCUCGGGGCUCAUCCGUCUAUAUCUGUGAAUCAGUCCAGCGCCCAUCAGCACCAACUUCACCAAAUGCAAUCCAGAGAGGUGGGAGGAUCAAAGUGGGACAAUGAAGCAGCGGGACCAAAAAGUGCAGGAGGGGAAAGGAUGGGAGGAGCGGACCACGGUUUGGGAGGAGGCGCAAUGAGUGUGGAUGAGCACAGCCUCGCCUCGUCCUGGAGAGGCCAGCCUUCUUCUUGCCCUGCAGCCAACUCCAAAAUGGGUGCCUCAAGAACUGAAGGGGGUGGGGUGUAGAAGGGGAGCGGGGGGGUUCUGGUAGCGAUUGGGGUGGCGCCGCUGCUAGCGUUGGUGUAGCUAACGCGGGACACGAGGAAGGCGGAGUCUGCAGUAGCAACAGCAGCAGCAGUGGAGGCAGCACGGGGGGCCACCCCCCGGCAGCUGGCUCCUCCUCCUCAACAACUACCACUAAGACCACAGCCUGGGACAAUCAGAAAGGAGAAGGGGAAACGGGGGAGUGGGGGGAGGGGGGUCAGCGAACGCGGGGAGGGUCCUCGUCUAGCGGCGGGAACUCGAGAAGCGGGAGCGGUCCGAGCAGUAAUCGUCCGCGCCGGCAGGCACUUGAUGCUGAAGCUGCCUUACAGAACCUGCUGAGCCGGUCGGAUCUGGACCCCCGCAUCCUGUCCAACUCGGGGUGGGGCCAGACGCAGAUCCGGCAGAACACCGCCUGGGAAGUCGAGGGCUUUGCCGGUUCCAACAGAGGCGGGACUUCUGCAGCGCCGCUGAAGCAGCCGUCCUCCGUCGGUGGUCCUUCUCAGUAUUCAAGUGGACCUCGGACCCCGAGCACUGAUACUAUGGGGCCGGGGGGCGGUACCUCCAUGGUUCCCUCCAGCGGGUCCACAGGAGACGGUUGGGAGAGCAGCAGCAACAGUAGCAGUAGUGGAGCCUCCUUAUCCGGGAGAACCCAGCAAGCUUUAUGCUCCAACAUUAGGAAUCUUGGCGUUACACAAUCUGGGCCAGUGACCUCACCUGUGCCAGGUAUGGGGUCGGGGAUGAUGGCCAGGCCGGGCCAGCAGGCUAAGCCAACAGAGUGGGGUGGAGCCGACGGCGACGGGGGUAAGGGGUGGGGGGAUGAGGAGUGGAGGAGCAGAAGAGAGAAAGGAGGCCGAUGGGGUGACGUUGGACAACAGGGCGACGGUUGGGGGGGCAAUCAGCAAGAGAGGGGCACUGGGGGGUGGAAGGAAGUGGCGGAGAACGGAGAGAGAGGUGGGUGGGGGGCGGAGCCAAAAGCUGGAUCAGGUAAAGACUGGAUGGAGCAGGAAUCCAAAUCGAAUAGUGGCGGUGGAGGCGGGUGGGGAGACGAGAGGAGGAAUGGGGGACACUCAGGUGGGGACUCGGGUGCGAGUGGGUGGGGUAGUUGGGAUGACAACGCCCCGCGUAGAAACUGGGGCGCGGGGGGGAGUGGGGUCGAUCCGGGUGGAGGCAUGGGGUCCAAACCUCACAUGAGUUUAAACAAGAUGCCAAACAGCCAGCCGGGCGGCGCCUCGGGCCUACAGGCACAACUGCAGCAGCAACAAUCACAGCCCCGCAAUCAGCAAACGCUGGACCAAGGGGCCGGGGGGAGGAAACCCUUCUCCCAAGUCCAGACACACAACCAAAGCUCAGGCUGGCCCUCGGAACCGAACCCCGGCGGGUCUGAGCCAAGCGGCUGGGAGGAGCCUUCGCCUCAGUCCAUCAGCAGGAAGAACGACAUCGACGACGGCACGGCGGCGUGGGGAGACCCCACCCACUGCAAUUACAAGCCGGUCAACCUGUGGGACAAAAACAGCGGAUCUGGUGGCCAGCAACCGCACGGUCAGAGUCCGGCUCAGCAGCAACCAGUACCGGCAGUGCAGCAGCAGCAGCAGCAACCCAGCAGGCCGGCAGCCGCAGGGAUCGGAGAUGCAUCAGGCUGGGGGCCUUCCCCAGCCAGUCCAACUGUAGACAAAGGCACUGCAGCUUGGGGGAAACCGACGGACACGCCGUCUGGCUGGGGGGAUCCUGAUGAAGGUGGGGGGAAGACGCCGUGCUGGGGGAACCAUCCCUCCAACCCAGUCAGACCCGGUUCAAAGUCUAUGCAAGAUGGCUGGGGGGACAAAGAGAGCUCGAUGGCCGCCUCGCGUCACUCCAGCUGGGAGGACGAGGAGGAUGCAGGCGGCAUGUGGAACAGCACAGGCUCCCAGGGAAGCAGCUCCUCCUGGGGGCAGGGCAGCAAUGGAGGCUGGGGACAAAGUCAGCAGGGGAAGAAGCCCAGCAACAAGGGCCACGUGAAGUCCGCCGGAGGAGAUUCCUGGAUGAGUCACAUCAACAGACAAUUCUCUAACAUGGGGCUGCUGAGCGACGAUCCCAGCAGCCCAAAUAUGGACCUGGCUCCAGGUUCCCUUCAGGAUAAGAAGAUGAGCGACUACAACGGAGACCUGAGGAAAGGAGGGAGAGGCGGCGUGAUCUACCGCCCUCCCGGGGCUAAGGAGGCUGCGCCCGGGGAUGCUGGGUCGUACUACGACAAGACCCUGCAUUUGCUCAGUCAGGAUGGGGGCCCUGGGGAGGAGGGUCCUUACUCUCUGUACUCACCACCCACUGUCUUCAAGCCCCAUUCCCUCUUCAACCACUCUAUUCCCUUUAGACAAGGUGCUCCAGGUAUCUUCGGUAGUUCAGGAGGAAUGGCCCAGUCGAGACAUCAACCAACGAUACCAUCCAUCAAUCAUUCUCCAGGGAUUCGAGCACAAGUGCCUCAUCAGUUCCUGUCUCCUCAGGUGCCAGGCUCCGUGCUGAAGCAGAUGCCCCCUCCCAGUGGGAGCAUGGGCGGUGUUGGUGGCAUGGGAGGAGUGACAGGAGGAGGAGUGUUCCCCCCACAGCUGUCUCCCCAGCAUAUCGCCAUGCUCAGCAGCAUCUACCCUCCUCACAUCCAGCUUCAGCUGGCUUGUCAGCUCCUUCUCCAGCAGCAGCAGCAGCAGCAGCCGCCGCAGCAACAGCAGCAGCAGCAGCUGCUGCAGAACCAGAGGAAGUUCACCCCAAACGUUCGACAGCAGACCGAUCCUCAGCUGGCGAGGAUCAUGACGGUCCUGCAGCAGCAGAGGCAGCAGCAGGUGGGGGGGCUCAGCGGCGGCUCCAAACUCUCCCCCUCACACCACGGCGGGCUGGGACCCAAGCUCGACCCCCUGCCGCAUCCGGGCCUGGCCAGCUCAGUGUCCGAUCUGCACCAAAAAAACCUGGGACCCUACUCCGGGUUUGGUCCUGGGGUGAACCUGCCAGGUUUGGACCUGGGGGGCUCCAUGGGGGGUCAGCAGUCCCGUUUUAAAUGGAUGAUGGAGGGGAACUGCUCCCCCGACUCGUCGUCACCUGAAAACGCCUACCACAAAAACGGUCCCAUCGCCCCCCACCACAUGAAGAUGCAGGCCAGCUCGCCGUACUCGCAGUACGACGGGAUGGUCGACGGGCUGGCUGACAGCUGGCAUCGCACCCCCGGCAACAAGAUGGGUUCCAAGCCGAGCAGCACGCCGAGCUGGCCUCCCGAGUUUCAGCCCGGCGUGCCGUGGAAAGGAAUUGACCGCGUCGACCCUGAAUCCGACCCCUACAUGACACCAGGGAGCAUGAUGGGAAACGCAGCUUCUCCCGGACUCAACGAUUCGGAGCACCAGUUAUUAGAAAACUCUGAUUCCACUCCUCCACUGAACACCUUGCUGCCUUCACCUGGUGCCUGGCCCUACAGUGCCUCAGACAGCCCGCUCAACCAUGCACACAACCCAGCAGCAAAAUACGCGGAUUAUAAGACGAGCUGGCCCCCGGAGCCCAUCGGACACAAGUCCUGGAAAGCCAACCGCGGCAGCAGCCAGUCCCAGAUGUCCCGCCCACCGCCAGGCCUGGCGGGUCAGAAGCAGCCGUCGUCUUCGCCGUGGUCCGGAGGAGCCCCCCGCUUAGCCGGCCGAGGCUGGGGGAGUGGGUCCGGCACCACCGGCUCCACCUGGAGUGAUGGCAGCGGUCGGGAAAGCUGCUGGUUGGUGCUCAGCAACCUCACGCCACAGAUCGACGGCUCCACCCUGAGGACCAUCUGCAUGCAGCACGGCCCCCUGCUGACCUUUCACCUCGGCCUGACCCAGGGAACCGCUCUGAUCCGCUACGGCUCCAAGCAGGAGGCGUCCAAGGCCAAGAGCGCCCUCCACAUGUGCGUUCUGGGUAAUACCACCAUCCUAGCGGAGUUCGUCAGUGAGGAGGACGUGGCUCGCUACAUUGCACAUUCCCAGGCAGGAGGAGCGGGGGGCGGAGGAACCGCAGCCGGGUCCACCGCUGCCGCUGCCACGGGGGCCAGCAGCGGCGGAGGAGGCGGGGCGGUCGGCAGCAGCGUGACAGGAGUGGAGGGGGCCCCCUCCAACCCCGGAGGGGGCGGGGCGUCUUCCAGCUCCGGGUGGCAAAGUCUUGAAAGCACAGGCAGCUCUUUGGACCCGCCGGCCGGCCAGGGGCCCGGGCUGGGGAUCUUCACCCAGUGGAGCACCAACGGAACCGGCGGGGCGGGGGGCGCCGAGCCCGGUCGGCAGGGACUGUGGGGCGGUGUGGGCGGGAUGGGCGGAGCGGCGUACCCCACCAGCAACCUCUGGGCCUCUCCGGGGCUCGAGGACCGCCACCAGAUGGGGAGUCCCGCCUCCCUGCUGCCGGGGGACCUGCUGGGCGGGGGGGCCGACUCCAUCUGACUGACGCGGCGCCCUCCCCCUCCCCCGCUGCAUCCGUUUACAGGAGAACACACACCGGUCACAUGCGCUCUGGGGUCACGUGCACGCUCAGCCGCUCCUCGUCACAUGAAGACGACAGGGAAACUUGAACGGGACUGUGGGGGGGUCCGUUAACCCUUUUAGGACUGGACUGGAGAGGCGUCGGUCUUUUUACCCAGCAUCCCUCAGGCAUGCACUGACAUGUUUUUAAUGUGCCACUGCUUUCUUUUCUAGAACUUCUCACCUUUGCAGACUGAGCCGUCUGAACCACGCCGGCGGGUUUCUGCAUUCCACUUUUUUCAGCCGGUCGGAGCCGACCGAGAGCCUGCAGGUUUGGGCCACACUACUGACGCCUGGCGGCGGCGGCGGCGUGUUUUCGUAGGUACAGACACAUCGCAACGGGACCCAGGGUGUACGGAGAACAAAGGUCAUGCGCCAAACUUGCACUAAAACCCGACCUCCAUCAAGCCAAGAAACG